GCUGAAACUUCUCCGCAGAGGUGCGCCAGCAGGAGGAGAGGGAUACUUGAAGGGAAUUUUGGAGUCAGCUGCAGCUCUCCACCUCUCUCAAGUCUCCUCCACAACAAAGAAAAGGGGUUUUGUUGUUGUUGUUGCAGGUGUGUUCCCAUCUUUAGCCGUGAAUAUGUCGGGUGGCUGUGUGGCCACAGUGCUGGUGGUGUUGCUGUUCUCCGGCGCUGUGCUCUGCAUGCCCAGAAGCGCACGGAAAAGCAGGAGGCAGGCGCACGAGCGCUCCGGAUCAUCCGUGACUCAAGAUGGCUGUACAGAGUAUGGACAGUUUUAUGGAAUUGGUGAGCAGUGGGAACGCACCUAUCUGGGCACUGUGCUACUCUGCACUUGCCAUGGAGUGGCUGGUAUUAAGUGUAAAACGAAGCCUGAGGCUGAGGAGACUUGUUAUGACAAAGUAAAUGCUCGCUCAUACCGGGUGGGAGAGACUUAUGAAAGACCAAAGGAUGGGAUGAUUUGGGACUGCACAUGCAUUGGCUCCGGCAGAGGGAAAAUCAGCUGCACUAUUGCAAACCGCUGCCAUGAAGGGGGACAGUCUUAUAAGAUUGGAGACACUUGGAUGAGACCUCAUGACACUGGAGAUUACAUGUUGGAGUGUGUCUGUUUGGGCAAUGGGAAAGGGGAAUGGACCUGCAAACCUGUCGCGGAGCGCUGUUAUGAUAAUGCAGCUGGCACUUCUUACACGGUGGGGGAAACCUGGGAGAAACCCUACCAGGGCUGGAUGAUUGUCGACUGCACCUGUUUAGGGGAGGGAAGUGGACGCAUCACUUGCACAUCUAGAAACCGCUGCAAUGACCAGGACAUACGCAUGUCUUACCGUAUUGGGGAUACUUGGACUAAGACAGAUUCCCACGGACACAUCUUGCAGUGUUUGUGCACUGGUAAUGGCCGUGGAGAGUGGAAAUGCGAGAGGCAUGCAUCCCUGCACACUACUGGCCUUGGCACUGGUUCUCGUGUGAUCACCAAUGUACAGCCGGCUGUGUUCCAACCCGUGCCCCUUCCCAUGGCCCCUAUUGAGGGCACCUGUGUAACAGACUCAGGAGUGUCCUAUACUCUAGGAAUGCGCUGGAUCAAGACUCAGGGCAGCAAGCAGAUGUUGUGUACCUGCCUCGGGAAUGGUGUCAGCUGUAAAGAGUGGGAGGGCCAUUCUCAAGUUUAUGGUGGCAACUCAAAUGGCCAGCCGUGUGUUUUCCCAUUUGUGUCCAUGGGCAAGACCUUCUACUCGUGCACCUCAGAGGGACGUGAUGAUGGGCAGCUUUGGUGCAGUACCACUUCUGAUUUUGAGCAAGAUCACCAGUACUCCUUCUGCACAGAAAAGAACGUUUUGGUCACAACCAGAGGAGGAAACUCCAACGGGGCACUGUGCCACUUCCCCUUCCUCUAUAAUGGCCAUAACUACACGGACUGCACAGCUGAUGGACGUAGGGAUGGCAUGAAGUGGUGCGGCACCACAUAUAAUUUUGAUGGAGAGAAGCAGUAUGGUUUCUGCCCCAUGGCUGCACAUGAGGAGGUUUGCACCACCAGCGAGGGAGUAAUGUACCGUGUGGGAGAUCAGUGGGAUAAACGCCAUGAUGUUUUGGGUCACAUGAUGCGCUGCACUUGUGUAGGAAACGGACGUGGAGAAUGGAGCUGCAUCGCCUACUCACAGCUCAAAGACCAGUGCAUUGUGGAUGGUCUGACUUAUGAGGUGAACCAAACCUUCACUAAACGUCAUGAUGAGGGCUACAUGAUGAACUGCACCUGCUUCGGCCAGGGCCGUGGACGCUGGAAAUGUGAUGCCAUUGACCAGUGCCAGGAGCCAGACACCAAAGUUUUCUAUCAGAUCGGAGAGUCGUGGGACAAGGUCAUCCAUGGACUUCGAUACAAGUGUUACUGCAAUGGCAAUGGGCUUGGAGAGGUGAGCUGUGAGCCCCAGCACUCUUUCCAUGGUGGUAACCGUCCAGUACAGGUGAUUAUUACAGAAGCUGGCAACCAGCCCAAUUCGCACCCAAUCCAGUGGAACGCUGCCCCCUCUGCUCAUAUCGUCCAAUAUGUCCUCAAGUGGAGAGAGAAAAACACUCGUACUCCGUGGAAGGAGGUUACCCUUCCAGGCCAUCUCACUUCUUACACCAUUGCUGGACUGAAGCCAGGCAUCACUUAUGAGGGUCAGCUCAUCAGUAUUUUAAGAUUUGGUCGCAGAGAGGUCACUCGCUUUGACUUCACUACCAACUAUGGCUCCUUGGCUACAACUGAAGGAGACACGACUCCUCCAGAUCCAGUGGUGGACACUUCAGAGUCUGUGACUGAGAUCACUUCCAGCAGCUUUGUCAUCUCCUGGGUGUCUGCCUCUGACACUGUGUCCGGUUUCAGAGUGGAGUAUGAGCUCACUGAGGAGGGAGGGCAGCAAGGACAACCCAUGGUUUUGGAUCUUCCACGUACGGCUACCUCUGUGAAUCUCAGUGAGCUCCUGCCAGGCAGAAAGUACACAGUUAAUGUGUAUGAACUUACUGAUGAGGGAGACUCCAAUCUGAUCCUCACCACCUCCCAGACUACAGCUCCUGAUGCUCCUACAGAUCAUGAGGUGGGGGAUGUAGAUGAGACUUCCAUCACGGUCAGAUGGUCUAAACCUCUGGCUCCUAUCACAGGCUACCGUGUGGUUUACACUCCAUCUGUUGAAGGGAGCUCUGGCAGCACUGAGCUGACCCUGCCCAACACAGAGACCUCUGUGACUCUUAGUGACCUUCGACCUGGCCAGCUAUAUAACAUCAGCAUCUAUGCUGUAGAAGAGAACCUGGAGAGUGAGCCUGUGUUCGUGCAGGUCAACACUGCUGGAGAACCAGUGCUAGAGGAAGUCCCAUCCCCGACUGACCUGCAGUUCUUUGAGGUGUCUGACUCAAAGAUCACCAUCACCUGGACCGCUUCUCCUGAUGUCUCUGGGUACCGUGUGUCAGUAGGACAGGUCGGUGCUGAUGGACUGAUCGAGCAACAGGCAGUGCUACCCAUCAUGCACAAUACUUACGCAGAGGUCACCCCGCUAGAGCCCGGAACCCUCUACCGCUUCUUUAUUUUUGCCAUCAAGGCCGGAGAAGAGAGUGAGCCUCUGGUUGGAGAGCAUGCCACUAAGCCAGAUGCCCCCACAAACCUUCACUUGUCCAAUGUGACAGAGGACAGUGCUCUGAUUAUCUGGUCAGCACCCAGAGCUCAGGUCACUGGUUACAGACUGUUCCUGACUGUAGAAGGCUCGAACCCUAAGCAGCUGCGCCUCCCUGGCCGCCUGACACAGUACACACUUCUGAACCUUCAGCCAGACACGCCAUACACGGCCACACUGCAUUCUGAGAAGGGCAAUGUGCUCAGUGAGGGAGCCACAGUGACCUUCAGCACCUCCUUGCCAAUGAGAAAUGCCCCUCGUUUCACAACUGAUGUCACGGACACCUCCAUUGUAAUUUCCUGGAAUCCUGUUCCCAGAAUUGGAUAUAAGUUAACUGUGAAGCCCAGCCAAGGCGGAGAAGCCCCCAGGGAGGUGACCUCUGAAUCAGGAAGCAUUUAUAUCUCGGGCCUGACCCCUGGAGUGGAGUACACCUACAGCUUGCAGCCGGUCAUCGACGGCCACGGGCAAGGCAACCCCAUCACACGCCGUGUUGUCACACCUCUGUCUCCACCCACUGGUCUCAACUUGGAGACCAACCCAAACACUGGAGAGCUAACAGUCCAGUGGAAUGAAGCCAAAACUCCAGAUAUCACAGGCUACAGAGUGACUUGCAGUCCCACUAAUGGCCAGCAGGGUAACUCUGUGGAGGAGUUUGUGAAGGCAGGCCAGACCUCAUGCACUCUGGAUAACCUGAGCCCAGGAGUGGAGUACAAUGUCAGCGUGUUUACAGUGAAGGACAACAUGGAGAGCGUGCCUAUCUCUAGCACAAUCACUCCGGAGGUGCCCCAGCUAACAGACCUCCACUUUGUCAAUAUCACCGAUUCCACGAUUGGCCUCACAUGGAGUCCCAUUAACUCCACUGCUAUAACCGGUUACCGCAUCACGGUGGUGGCUGCGGGUGAGAGUGUACCCAUCUUCGAGGACUUUGUGGAGUCUACCAGGGGUACCUACACCGUGUAUGGCCUGGAGCCUGGCAUCGACUACGACAUCAGCAUCAUCACAGUAACUGAAAAUGGCGAGAGCGAGCCCACCACCAUCACACAGCAAACAGCUGUGCCAGCCCCAACAGGCCUAAAGUUCAGUGAUAUCACUGCUGACAACAUGACGGUGAGCUGGACUGCCCCCAAUGUCCCCAAACCUAACGAGAUUGACCGCUACAUCAUCCACUAUCACCCAAUCGAUGAUGAGAAUGACAUCACUGAGCGGGUUGUGGAUGGAGACGUCCACAGGGUCAUUCUUCGCCAUCUCAUACCCGACACCGAAUACAUGGUGAGUGUGUUCUGUGUUUAUGAAGAGAGGCAGAGCUCACCCGUGAUCAGUACUCAGAGAACCAUCCUGGAUUCCCCUGUUAAACUGGUUUUCUCUGACAUCGGCACAAACUCCUUCACCAUACACUGGCUGCCUCCAAAAGCCAGCAUCUCUGGCUACCGUAUUCGCUAUCAGAUGACCAAUGGAGGACGCUCCAAGGAGGAGAGACUGCCGCCUUCCAGGAGCCACUUUACGCUGACGGGCCUAACCCCUGAGACUGAGUACAGCAUCAGCAUCUUUGCUGUGAGCGGCAUCCGAGAGAGUCAGCCUCUCACCGGAACCCAGGCCACCAUCUCCGAUGCCCCUACUGACCUGGUGGUCACUUCCUCAACACCAACCACCAUUACUAUUCGCUGGGACGCCCCCUCUGUCAGUGUGAGGUACUACCGGAUCACACAUGGAGAGUCAGGUGGUCACGGCUCUCCUAAAGAGUUCACUGUCCCCGGCUCUCAGACCACUGCCACUAUUGAGGACCUGCGCCCAGGCACUGACUACACCAUCACUGUGUAUGCUGUGACAGGCAGAGGAGACAGUCCCGCCUCCAGCACACCCAUCUACGUCACCUACAAAACAGAUAUUGAGUCUCCAUCUGAGAUGGAAGUGACUGAUGUAAAGGACAGCACCAUCACUGUACGCUGGACACCAGCAGCCGGUCCCGUCACUGGAUAUCGCAUCACUGGAACCCCCCGAAAUGGCACCGGACCAUCCUUCUCUGAAGUGGUUGCUCCAGACCAGACAGAGUUGACAUUCUCCGGACUGAUGCCCACAGCAGAGUACACACUCAGUGUCUAUGCACUGGGACAGGAUGGAGAAAGCCCUCCUCUGGUAGAGACUGUAGUUACCACUGUGGACAAACCGAAGGACUUGGCCUUCUCUGAAGUAGACUCGACAUCCUUGCGAAUUUCCUGGGAGAGUCCUGAUGGGGAUGUGACCUCGUACAGAGUGCUGUACUCCAGCUCAGAAGAGGGUGAGAGAGAGCUGUUCCCUGCUCCACAUGGUGCAGACGAAUCUGCAGUGCUGAGUGGGCUCCGACCUGGCACUGAGUACACUGUUAAAGUCAUCGCCCUUCAUGACCGCACUCCCAGUCCUCCACUGGUUGGCACCCAAACCACAGCUAUUCCUGGCCCGACCAAUCUCCAGUUCUCUCAGGUUGGCUCCACUUCCUUUAUCAUGUCCUGGUAUUCAGGACCUAAUGUCCAGCUGACUGGCUACCGUGUGGCCAUCACUCCCAAGAACAAGAAUGGUCCUACUAAAGAGAUCAACAUUGCACCUGACUCCACCCAGUACCAUGCCAGUGGACUGAUGCCUGCCACUGAGUAUGAAGUGGAGCUUUAUGCUGUGAAGAAUUCUCUUACCAGCCGUCCAGUCAAGGGAGACAUCACGACUCCUGACAACAUCAGCCCUCCUCGUCGUGUUCGGAUCUCCAACUUGAAGGAUAGCUCCAUCACUCUGACCUGGCGUUCCAAGACUGAUGCCAUCUCUGGCUUCCUAGUGGAGGCCACACCCACUAUUGGAGGUCACAGCCCCAUCCUGAAGACCAUCCCGCCCGAAUCCCGCACCUACACCAUCACUGGUCUACAGCCAGGCACCCCCUACAAGAUCAACAUUUACACUCUGAAUGGGAAUGCUCGUAGUGAACCCUUCACCAUCGCAGCCACCACAGCUAAACCAGUGAUCAGCCCACCGACAAAUAUCCGCUUUACCUCCCUGACCCCCAGCACCAUCUCCUUCUCUUGGGAACCUCCCCAAAGCAUCAUCACAGGAUAUUACAUCACCUAUGAGGAAGUUGAAGGCAUCCCAAGAGAGCUUGUCCCAAGACCCCUCGCUGGCCGAACAUCUGCCACUAUUUCCGGUUUGAAGCCAAGCACCGAAUACAUCAUUAAAAUUGUUGCUCUAAACAAUGCUCAAAGAAGCACUGCACUCGUGGGCAAGGCCAGAACCCAAGUGGAAGAGUUGUCCCCUCAGCUUCCAGUGUCUCAUCGGCCCAGACCUGGCAUGCUGGAUGUUCCUAAUGAAGAGAACUUGAACAGCAAUCAUGUGCACCUGGUGGGCCCAAACAGACAUGACAUGCUUGGGCAGCAGGGUCAACACGUCUACACUGAGUAUCAGAGUCUGGGUCUGGCCAACCGUGGGCAGCAUCAGCCCCUGGCUCCACACCACGGUGAGCCGCUGGUCUACAUUCCUCUGCCAGGGCCAGAUGGCCACAGAGUGCCAGUGGUGAGGGUGAAUGAUGGCACUUUGCCUGGGAUCUCCUUUGAGAACCCUUUCAAUGAGACAGAGCUGCCUCAGGAAGCCCAGACACAAACCAGCAUCACAUGGCCAGGAGUGCCACACAGCUCAGAGUAUGUGGUGUCCUUUAGUCCCAUUACGGAUUUCGACGAGCAGAGCUUCCAGAUGCAUCUUCCUGGCACGUCCAACAGUGCUACACUGAUUGGUCUUACUUCGGGAGCCUCCUAUAAAAUCAUUGUAGAGUCUAUCAAUGGAGAGGACAAGGAGAAAGUUCUGGAAGAUGUUGUGACCGUUGGCAACACUGUUCCAGGACAAGGACCAGGAGCUGGAGUAGUGCCCAUAGGCAGGGAUGUGUGCUAUGACACAUUCACUGCCACCUACCAUGAGGUGGGCGCUGAGUGGGAGCGCAUGUCCGAGACGGGCUUUAAGCUCUGGUGCAGGUGUCUCGGCCUUGGCAGUGGCCAUUUCAGAUGUGAUUCAUCCAAAUGGUGUCACGAUAAUGGCCAUAACUAUCGGAUCGGGGAGAAAUGGGACCGCAAAGCUGAGAACGGCCACAUGAUGAGCUGCACCUGCCUGGGCAACGGGAAAGGAGAGUUCAAGUGCGAGCCACAUGAAGCUACAUGUUAUGAUGAAGGAAAGAUGUACAAGGUUGGAGAUGAGUGGCAGAAAGAGUACCUCGGCAGCAUCUGCACCUGCACAUGCUAUGGUGGACAGCAGGGCUGGCGUUGCGAGAACUGCCGUCGGCCAGGUGCUGAGGUAAAUGUUGACCUCAUCCAGCCUCCAGUGCAUACAGACGUUUAUGACCGCUACAGAGAGAACGCCCUACGUAAACUGAACAUCCAGUGUCCCAUCGAGUGCCUCAGACCAGACCUGCUAGCAGAUGCCCAGAGCCCUUCAAAAUAAUUUUCAUUAUCUGCAGUGUUGGAGAGGAGCGCCCCUAGAGACUGUCCUUACUGUAUUAUGCCUCAGUGCCUUAUUUUUCUCCCCUGUCCUGCUGCCUCCACACUGCGCUCUCAGUCCUGAUACACCUCACUGUUCCCUCACUAGCCAGGACGGGCCGUACACAUCCUCUUCCUGUUGCCCACACAGUAGAGAUGCGUUAACAUCUCUUAGGGAGACUCCUUCAGUCUGGAUAGAACCCUUCAGUUGUGGAGAGAUGUGGAGUUCUUCUAGAUUCUGUCCUGUUUUUUCAGUUUAUAUUCUUCUCACCAGCUGAAUCAGCCAAGACCAAAGACUGUAUGACUUUUUUUUUUGGCAUUGUUGCCAUUUGUCAGUAAGACACCAAUUUUAUUGAUGUGACUCAACUUUAUGGCCUACAUCCAUUUUUCUAAGUGGUCCUUUAAAAAAAAGAGACCAAUCAUAAAAUAAUAAUAAUUAUAAUAAUAAUAAUCAAGCACUGUCUUACAAUGGAAGUCUCUGUGCCUUGUAGGCAUUUUAGUAAUGUAGUAUUGACCCUCUUUUGAAUUGGUUGGUUUGAAUCUGUGUUCUCUGCUUCCAUAAGGAAAGCACUGUAUUCAUGAUGACAUACACAUUUUAAUGUUUUUCAUUUUUUUAUUUAUCCCUUUUAUCAAUGCAUUUUAUAGAAUGCAAUUUUGGAUGUACACUUUUUUAUUUUUUGUGAUUUAGGUGCCAGUCUUAACUACUGUGGACAAAAUCCCUUUUUAAUAAACUUUUUAUAUAAAUAAA